AUUACGAUCUAUUGAGAUUUGAGGUGGAUACGCCCAUGGCGAACGCGCAAAUUCCCCCGGGAGAAACGCGUUUCGUUCGUGAAAAUCAAACUCGCGCCCCCGCAGCAGCGACCGUGGGAACUAUCGAGUCUUCGAAACGAAGAUUAAGAAAAUUGCAGAGUUAUAUUGGACAGGAGUAUGCUGAAAAAACUCGGAAGCAGAAGUCUCCAAUCCGAUUCGGACCCCGGCUGGGUUCUUCAACGAUUUGACCAGCUGUUCCUGUUCUCCAUACUCUCUCUCGAUCGAGGAGUCGAGUGCGAAACCGGCGAAUUUCCUUGUCCUUCCCUUCAAUUUUUUUCGGUCGAUCUCCCUUUAAUUAAUUCGUCGAGCGUUUUGCAGUCAAAGAAGUCAGUCUCGCAACCUCACAUAAAUUCUCAGGUCAACCCCAAAGUCUCCGGUCAACUCUUUGAUCAUCUUCAUCCCCACCCCCUCCUCGUUCUCUUCUUAGCUGCUUCUUCCCCACCGUUGCAUUGCAAGCGUCGCAAGAGGGAGAGAUGGGACGUGCCGUGGUGCUCGCGUGCCUCUCCGUCGUCCUCAGCGCGCUCGCGCUCGCGCCGGCGACGGACGCCCUCGGCUUCACCUGCAACUCCCCGCCGGAGACCACCUGCCGGGCGCUGGUCGGCUACAUAUCCCCCAACACCACCACCUUCAGGUCCAUCCAGACCCUCUUCGGCGUCAAGCACCUUCGCUCCCUCCUCGCCGCCAACGACCGCAGCCCCACCCUCUCUCCCAACACCACCGUCCGGGCCCAAGAGACCGUCUUCAUCCCCUUCACUUGCAGGUGCUCGAACGGGACGGGGACUUCGGACCGGAGCCCCGUGUACACGGUCCAGAAGGACGACGGGCUCUACUACAUCGCGUCGUCCGUGUUCUCUUACCUGGUGGUGUACCAGGACAUCCAGCUGGUGAACGGCAUCGAGAACGCCAACCUCAUCGAGGUCGGGCAGAAGCUGUGGAUCCCGCUGCCGUGCAGCUGCGACGAGGUGGACGGGAACAAGGCGGUGCACUACGCCCACGUGGUGGCGGAAGGGAGCACCGUGGAGCAGAUCGCCGAGGACUUCCGCGUGUCGGAGAAGACCCUGAUGGACCUGAACGGGCUGGCCAGCGCCAAGGAACUCAUGGCCGACAAGGCUUUGGACGUUCCUCUCAAAGCUUGUGCGUCUAAAAUCCAUAACGAUUCGCUGGACGCCGAUUUGCUCGUGCCCAACGGCGCUUAUGCCCUCACAGCCAACAACUGCGUGCGGUGCAGCUGUGGUUCCGCGAAUAACUGGACAUUGCUUUGCCAGCCCUCGGAGUUCGCCUCGUCGAGCGGUUCAACGUGCCCGUCGAUGCAGUGCUCGGGCGCCCAUGAUCUGUACAUCGGCAACACAACCGGGACAUCUUGCAGCAGCACAACCUGUUCUUAUGCCGGCUACACGAGCCAGAACACCAUCCUCACGACCCUCGACAAUGAAUCGUCUUGUGCCGCUCUCCCGCCCAGUCCAGACGGCAGGGCAGCAGCCAUGCAGCGAAGAUAGAUAUGGGAGCAUUCGGCCGGAACUUCCUCGUGACGGCGAUGUCGAUACUGCUCUCCGUGCAACGCAUUUAGCAGACAUUUUCCGUGCGUAUACAUGCAUACCGAUACAACCUUAGUAAUUCUCAGGACAUGAUGGGAAACUACCACGUUAGGUCUGGAGGGAGACGGGACUGGUUCUAUAAUAAUAGAUAGGAGGAGCAUUUUGCUCUCCCAAUCGUGAGUAAUAACGAUCCUUUUCGAGUACAUUCAACGCAA